AUGAGUUUAGACGCUAGAGAAAAUGUUGGCAAACCGGCUGCAACACGGGAGAUCUCGGCAACCGGUGGUUUAGCCACACCGGAACAAGUGGCCCGAACAAUUUUCUGGGACACCUUAGAUGGCAAACUGAUUAGUGCGUUCGGUGUGGAAGGCCAAGCGCUCAGUUGGGUCACAGCUGGGCUGUUACCUCCUGUGAGUGCAAACGGACGGGGUUGGUACCAUGGUUUCAACCUGUUGGUCGCCUCGGCGUGUGAAGUUCUGGCUGCCGGACCACUACGUGCUUUCGGCAUCGCGCACGCGUUGUGGAUGCGGCACAUUGUUUCCAAACACGUUCGGAUGCCGAACGCCAUGUGA